AUGCAUACUUUAUCUCAAUUAAUCGUUUAUUCACUCACUGGUUCAAAUGUUGUUCCAGCAAAAAAGAUUACAAAAAUUCCUUAUAUUCCUCCUGAAAUUAUUCGUAUUAUUCUUAGUUUCUUAAGAAAUGAUAGAAAAGCACUCGCUGCUUGUGCUUUAGUCAAUCAUACUUUUAACCUUCAUGCUACAUAUCAUACUGUCGGAUUUACUUUUCCUCAUACAUUUACACUUUUCGUUAAUGCCUCAAAUGAUAUUAAAAAGCGUUGUUCUCAAAUGGUUCGUCACUUAGAUCUUUCUAGUUUCUCUACUUGUGGCUUACAAAAAAGUUCUUUCGAAACGCAAAAUAUCGUCACUCCAGACCUUUUAAUUCAUAUUCUAAAAUCUUUCCCCGAAUUAAACGCUUUUUCCGUAUCUGAAUCUUUGGAAUCUGUAAUUACCCUUGAUGUUUUGAAGGUUUUAUUUUUAGAAUGUAAAAACAUCAAAGCUAUCAACUUUUGUGGUUGCGCUAUUAGCGCUUUAGACGAAUUUUCCCGAUUAAUUGGCCGCUUUAAAAUAGAAGAAAAAAAUAUUUCUUUUCACAUAACUUCCAACCCUUUAUUAUCCCAUUUACAAAGACUCUCAUUUCAUGAAUGUCCUACUAUUUCUGAAUAUUCAAUUAUCAUACCCCUUCUCGCACAUACACCAAAUCUUACACAUCUUGAUUUGGGUGGUUGUUAUAUCAGCGAUUUAACUUUAAAUUUCUUAGCUGGAACAAAUAUUCCAACUAAAUUAUCUCAUUUAUUAUUGGCUAAAUGUAAAAAUAUUUCAUCCGAUGCUAUUUCAUCUCUUGUCUCCAAAUGUUCUCAAUUAGAAACUCUUAAUCUUUACGGUGAUACUACUGCUAUUAAAGAAUGUGAUUUAGUAACCAUACUUAAUUCACCUAAUGCAAAGAAUUUCCGAACAUUGGAUAUCGGAUCUUCGCAAAUAACACUUUUGAUUUUAGCAACUAUCAAAGAGAAUUGUCCAUCAUUACAAAGUCUUGGAAUUUCAAAAACUCAAAUUACUAACUUGAAUCUUAUUAGAGAUCUUUUAAUAUCAUUACCGAAUUUACAAUACAUUGAUCUCAUGUUUUAA